UUCAUCGAAUAUAUGAGACAUCUGCAUCAAUGCAUUGCAAAAAGACUUGCUGUAUCUCCCUGUCAAGAAUUAGCAGAUGAACAGAAUUUACGUCUUACAUGGAUCCGAAAUGCCAAAACUAAAGCAGUUAAGUCAGUAUUACUGGAUAAACUUGAGAUUCAGAGGAAUGAAGGUAAUGCACAGCUUGCUCAGAGGGAUGUUGCAAUUAAAAAAAAUGAGGAACUGAUUGAAAAGAUGAAGAAAUGUAGCAAAGAUGAUAUCAAGAAAAGAAUAAAUGAAUCAGAAAAAAAUAUGAUUAAUGACUGGAGAGAUAGUGAAAGUAGGCAAGAGAUACUUCAGGCACAACUGAUUGAAAAUGAAGCAAGAUUUGAACAAUUGCUCUCGGAACAUCUGCGCAGUGAGAAGAGCUUAAAAGCAAAGAAAAUCAAGGUUGAAUCACAGCUACUUACUGUGUUAAGCAAAUACGAUGCUGACAUAGGAGAUCUGCAGAAUGAAUUGGAUGAACUUAUGGAUGGCUUCAAUGAAGAGAAACGACAGAUGAGAGAGCUACAGGAACGAUUUGAUAUACAGGAAGUGGAAUAUAUCAGACUAAUGACUCAAAAAGCUGAAGAAGAACGUAUUGAACAUGAAAGAAGAGUAAACUUUUUCACAACAAGUCGAGCAGCACGCAUCAUUCAACGUGCGUGGAGAAAAUACAUACGUAGGAAACGUCGACGUAAAGGGAAGAGAAGAAAAUAAAAAUUAUUAAA